GGCUGUUGCAGUAAUCCAGUGUAGAAGUUACAAAGGUGUGUACUAAUUUUCCUGCAUCCAGAAGUAAGAGCAUUAUUCUAAGUUUUGCAAUAUGCCACAGAUGGAAGAAAUUUAGCUAUUUUAACCACAUUUUUUAUAUGAGCAUCCUGCAGAGACAAGGCGCAUUUAAACUUGAUAAAACUUUCUUAACAUUAUGUGAUUGCGCAGUCACAUGAUAAAUGAGCUGUUCAGUUUCGUUUUUCUCGAAGCGUCAAACUUUCGAUUCGCUGUUCGGGCGUCUCGGCGAAGUGGAAGAACAGUGGGGACACAAAUUUCACGGCCUAGCAUAUAUUGUAUACCCUUAAUGCAGCUCAAUGGAUUUCGGAAUCUCUCGAAUGGAUCUGCAGACGGAGAAGCGGCUGGUCAAGUUGUUUUCCAGCCGUGUGAAUUUAUGUCUGCUGUACCAGGGAAGUCGCCACGGAUUCAGCAUUUGUACUAUUCAAGAGAAAACGCAGAAACAGGGAAACCUAAUUUUUCUGGCUUAUUUAGAAUCAGGGGCAAUCAUGGGAGGAUAUUUAGGCGGAAAAUUUCCAAGUUUACAUUACUCAGAAUGUGUUCAAGAUAAAAAGGCGUUUGUUUUUUUAGUGAGUCAGAACACCGCGAUCCAUUUCCCGGUGGUGGAUGCCUGUCAAGCUUUCCAUAUCAAAUCAAAUGAAACAAAAAUGAUAUCCUUCGGAGAAUGCCUGAACAUGGAAAUGAAGAAUGAUAGCUGUUUCGUAAAAGUUGGAAAUGACGCGGUUUAUAACACCAGCUGGCCUGAGAUUACCGAGUCUUGUGUGGAUGUGGAGGUACAUCGCGUACAGGACGCUGGAGAUCUGAUGCUUCUACCAUGGAGGGAAAUGUCAUGGACAGAGAUUUACAGGGAAAAUUUGAAAAAGGAUCUGGUCUCGUACAAACCUGACAUUGUGGGGCUGAGCCAGGUGCGGGCUCUGCUACUGGGACCAGUGGGAGCUGGAAAAUCCAGUUUCAUCAACUCCAUUAAGUCAGUGCUAUGCAGACACGUGGUCAACUUGCCCAUCACUGGCAGUGGAUCUGAUGGUUUCACUAGUAAGCUGAAGUCCUACCCAAUCCGGGCAGAGAAAGGAGGUCAGCCAAUAGCGCUGACUCNAAAAAGUUUAGUUGUUCUUGUUAUUAAGUGA